UCACAAUUGAUAUUUCAGCAUUAACCAAAAAUGCAAAAUUGCUUGUCACAUUAGCUAUAGUAGCUAUUCGAAGAAUAAUGGAACAAAGUAUACAUCCUGAUUCAAAUAUUUAUAAAUUUCCUAUUCAUCCUUUUAAACGUUUUAAUAAGAAAUGUGUUGAAUUUAAACAACCUGUUGAAAUUACGUGUUUUAGUUACGAUGAAAAUCGUCAAUUACAUAUGGAUGAUAGAGAGUCGAGGUAUUAUUAUCCUCCCAAUUUGGAAGAUUGUAAUCUAUCAGUUGGAUAUGAAAAUUUAAUACAAAAAUCUGAAGGGCCUGAGCCAAUUCAUUCUUUAUUGGACGCUUUGAUUCAUUUAAACGAAACUAAGGGCGAUGAAGUCAAAGCUGAUAUUGUUUCUUGGAGAGGAAUUUUCACGAAGUUGUUGUGUACUCCAUAUAAUAGAAACGAAUCUUGGGAAUUUGGAGCUACAUUAUAUAAUAAUACAAUUUUCAUUGAAGAGCAUGAAACAGAACAAACACGACUAUAUCGUGAAGGAAGUACACCAAAAGCUAAAUUAAUGGGAUAUUGGGGAUAUAAAUUUGAGGCAUUAUGUACAAUUGGUGUACCUGCGACUGAAAUACAAUCUCCCGAUGAUCCCGAAUUAUUAGCUCGUAAAAAUACGAUAGUUAACACGAAUAUUCAAUAUUGUUCUGUGUCUAAAACAUCUUUGGGAAAAAAUAGAUUGAUUAUGGGAGCAGAAGUUGAUUGUCUUAUAGACGUUAAACCGCCAUAUCCUGAGAAUCCGAUUAAUAGAUAUAUUGAAUUAAAAACUACUAAAAUUCUCAAAAACGAAAGAGAUAAUUUUUUAUUUGAAAGAUAUAAGUUGAUUAAAUUUUGGGCACAAUCAUUUCUUAUUGGAUUACCAAAAAUCAUUGUUGGUUUUAGAGAUGAUGAUGGAAAUUUGUGUAGUUUAAAAGAAAUUAAAACUUUGGAGAUACCGAGAAUGGUUAGAGGAAAAGAUAAAAUGUGGGAUGCAGUUAUAUGUUUAAAUUUCUUAAAUGAAUUUUUUGAAUGGUUAAGAAGAGUGAUUGAUAUUGAGGAUGCGAAUUCUUCAUAUGUUAUAUCAUUUAAAGAACCAUAUCAAGAAAUUGAAGUCACAUUUUGUCAUAAUAAAAAUCCUGUAUUGGCAGAUAGACAUUUAAAAUCAUUUGGUAAAAAGUAAAAAAAAAGAUUAUUUGAUUGGUCUAAAUACUUUAUACCGUUCACAAAUAAGAUAUAUGAUGGCGCUGAAAUGUUGCAAAUAGGUUAUAUUUAGGAUAUAUAAUUAUUGAACGCUUCCAAAACUAAUUUAAAUUUUCACUCCACACAUAUAUAUAAAUUUUAAGCAUUUCUGAUAGAUGUAGUAAUUAUUAUAGUCGGCUUUAUCGUAAUAAAGGUAAUCAUUGAAC